AUGCAGAUAGUUCAAAGAAGAAAAAAGAACUUGGUGAAGCAUUACGGAAAAGUAUAUCUCUGGAAAGCAUUAAACGAAGCCUUGCGUGUGGCGGCCGUUAGUAGGUCACUAAACUUUGUAUUCGCAGUAUAUUUACCACUGCCGGACGUCGUUAGGACCGGCCAGAUUUCUGUAAGAAUAUUGCCACCACAAAUCGAAAACGUAGUCGAAACGAAAUCAGUACGAAAGGAGGACUCAACAGAACAUGACAUCAGCGGGGAGCUGAAAGACGGAGAGUCCGUAAAAAAACGAUCAAAGGGAAGGUUCGCAUCUUUUAGAAGGCGGCUCAUUAAGAUUGGAAGAAGGUUGUGCUGUUGGUGUUCUACACCUACAGUAGAUUAA